CCAAGGAUGGAGGCAUCCUCUAUGCGCAACAGGGCUAUGAAAAAUAGAAAAAGAUUCCUGUCUAAGGGGCAUGUAAGACUGGAGAAACCACCUGGCAUUGAGCCACAACCUGCUAGCUACAGUGUGCAGGAGGUGGCCAUUGUGACUGUGUCCCUUCUUUGUCUGGCCUAUAUAUUUUUCUAUUAUGAAAGUUUCCACUUUCAUGUCACCCACCUCUAUGCCCACCUGGGAUAUUCAGAUGCUCAGCACAUCACUGGACAGCGUUACCUGCAAGGAGCUGGGAUACCAAGAGAUGAAGAAGCUGCCAUGUACUGGUUUAGACGAGCAGCAGAACAGGGACACCCACACGCCUCCUAUAACAUAGCUGUUGGAAGGCUGAAAAAUAUGACAACAGAGCAGGAAGACUGGGAAAUUGAAAGUCUUCUAUCCCAUGCGGCAAGGCAUGGAGUGUCUGAAGCCUGGGACGUAUUGGAAAAAGUCUACCAGAAAGAAAAUGACUCCUGACAAACUUUCUAAUGUAUGCAGGCAACCAGCAGGAUAUUGAUGAAGCAAACUGAGUUACGAAUUGCACCUCUUAGUGCACCUAUUUAAAAUCCUAACUGUAACAAAACAGUCAUUUCUGGUAUCAGUGAACAAUUAGCAUAUUUUCUUUUUUCCCAUGCUACUUUCCAAAUAAUCUUUCCUAUCUAGAUCUUCCUGAUCUGGUAUAGGUUGAGCCUAAAUGGAGUGACUUACAAAUCCCUGCUAAAAGCAGCAGUCAGCAGAGUGAACUGCUCCUAUAUAUGUUUCCAUGAUUCUGAGUCUGGCAUGUUGUGCUCUGGAUAGCCUCGCCUCUGACAGCUGCAGCCUGUCUUGAAAAGAAUCUUUCCAUGUCACAAGCUUCCUGAGGUAACUCAUGAUUAGGAAUAUGCCAUCUUCAUUUUUCCAUUUAAAUGGGCAUUCGCAUAGUAUUGCAUUAUGUUAUAGGAUCCAAAGUUCGCCCCUUGGUACUCAGAAAGCAGCUCCUUCCUGCACAGUUAUUUAAAAAGGCUACCCUCUACAACUGAAGAAAGCCAGAAACAACAAAGAACUCUCAAUGUCAUGUGAGAGCUCCAGUUAUAUCAGUCCUCACUUAUCACCAUACUGGAAGCAGCCCCAUAUCAGUGAAACCCUCACCUGCUCAGAGUUCCUAAAUGUGGGAAGUUAUCAGGUGACUGUAGCGCUUCUACUUAAGUAUGUUAUGUACAAGGCCCAAUAGCAAGCUUUGUGUAACUUCCAUCCAUAUAAGCCUCUGGCUCAGCAUCAUACAGGCCAAGUAAUUCUAGCCAUCCCUUAAAUGGGACAAGUGUAAAUCUCAAAAACAAGCAGUGCAAAAAGAAUAGGAACUAAUGAAGCUUUAAAACCCAGACUUUAAUAAGUUAAGUGCUUUCAUCCCACACAGGGGACUUCUUCACAAUCAAAAAUUAAAAAAUGUCAUGUUUAGUUUAAUUGGAGAUGAAAACUUUCUUUUUAAAGACUGGAUUAAUAAGACUUAUUCUUUCUCUGUUUCCAAUACAGAACCGUUGAAUAGAAAUUUGACCUCUAAUAGUGAAGUUUGUUCAAAUCAUUUCAAAAGUUUAAAAGUAUGUAUAUAUGAGUUUGAGAAAAGUUAUUGAGGGUUAAAGGGUUGCAGUUAGUCAACACUUAUUUCAGGGAAUGUAUAGUAGGGAGGAUUGUACCACAAGGGCUGCGGCCUAUACAGAUUCCCAAAUGGUCUGAACAUUUCAGGUGCAGUUUUUCUUCAGAUUUUGUGAAGUUAUUUAUCACCAUUAUUUAGAAUUAAUGAGAUUAAUUAUCACAUGGAAUUCCAAACUAAUCACUACCUUGUUAAAAGAGGCGGAGUUUCUAAAUGAACUCAUACAAAAACACUUAUUAUUUAACAACUAUAGUGCCAUGUUUUAUUAUGGAAAGAAAGUGUAAAAUUUGAAGAGGAAUACCAUGAGUCAUAUAGUCCUGUAUCAAAGAAUGACGUAAAUACAGCUUAUAGAGGAGUGGAUCUUUAGGAAACUUCUGAUGGAUAACAAAAUUAUCUUGGAUUUAUCCAAGUUUUUGAAGGUGGAUAAACCAGUUAUCCCCACUACAUUUGGGAUACCAAAGAUUCACAAAAACAUUUCUAAACCACCUUAUACUUCGAAAGUUUCUGCUAGUAGUUCCAAGAUGCAACGUCUAGGAAUUUAUAUUGAUAAAAUGUUAAAACAUGUAUAUAUAGUCAUGAAUGGCAUGUUUAAAGGGCUCGUGGGACUUUUUAGGAAAAUUGACUCCAGAGGUGUGGGUAUGGUCAGACUUUUUUAACUGCUGAUAUAGUAGACCUUUUUAAUUCAAUUCUAUCCAAAGGAUUAGCAUUUUUGUCUUGUCACAUUAACAGAAUAUGAAUUUUUAUCAGGAGAAAAAAUCAAAUUGCUUUUGGAUUUUGCCAAUUUAGUACUUGAAAAUUAUUUUAUAUAUUUUGAAGGGGAGAUAUUUAAACAGGUAAAAGGGGUUGCAAUGGGCGCAGAUUGUACACCCAUUUAUGCUAAUACUGUACCUUUAGCAUGGGAGAAAAGUUACAUUUUCCCUUUAAUUUUUUAAAUAUAUCAAGGUUUAUUUAAGAUUUUUAGAUGAUGUAUUUAUUUUAUGGAGAGGUCCAGAUGAUAAGGUUAUACAUUUUAUUACUUUUUUGCAUGAUUCUAUAUAUAUAUAUUUUAUUUACCUUUAAUUAUGAAAAAGAAUCAAUCAUUUAGACAUGCAAGUGGACCAUACUGACACUGGGUUUAAGACAAAAAUGUAUAGAAAACUUACAUUUAGUCAUUUCUACUUGCAUUUUAAAAGUUCAAACCCUAUUCCCUUAAGAAAAAUUUGGUGAAGGAUCUAUAUAUUAGGGUGGCUCAUGUGACCUCCUCUCUGGGGAAAUUAAAAAAAUGUUUAUGGAGAGAGUAUCCAGAAAUGAUGCUGGUAGAAAUCAUGAGUGAAGAAUGUGGUAGAUGGGGUAAUAAAUAUACACCGCUGGGAAAAGGUGGUGGUGUUUCAGUGACAGAAUAUUCUAUAGGAAUACAUGCUGCAAGAGGUUAUGAAACAGCUUGUGCAGCAACAUAUGAGAUUUCUAGAGAUAUAAAAAAAAAUUGUAUAAUAGAACUAGAAGUUUCUUAAGGGUAGUGAAGGUUUAUAGAAAACUGUUGACACAGAACCCCUUUUUGUAUUAAUAAAACAUUGGUUAAUUUAAAAAAUAUUGGAAUGAAUACUACUAAGAAUAAUAGUAGAGAAAAAAACUGCACAUUUGAGUGUGGAUUUUACAGGCAGUGCCCUUAUAUUAAUGAAUUGAAGUUUAUUAUGUUAAAUAAAAGCUUAAAAUUCCAAGGUUAAGUUUAAGGCAGGAAACUGUGCAUCAGCAGAUAUUAUUUGCCUUGCCAAAUGUUCUGGCUGUGACGGAUUUAAUGUUGAGAAAACAGAGAGGGCAUUGAGAAAGAGAAUUUCUGAACACAAUUACUAUAUUAAUAGGAAAAUUUUCAUUUUUCUUAGUAAGAGCAAAAAAAAUGAAACGUUCUGUCUACAUGGGUCCAGACAGAUAAAGUUUUAAUAAUGACACGGUUUGUGCAAAAGAAACCUCUAAUCAGGUCAAGAUUAACACUUAAUGCAAAUUGUGCAACAUAAACAUUAUACAGUGUACCUCACCAGUGUACUUUGAAACUAAUUUCUUCUCUUGACUGGU